GAGCCGCGGGCACCAGCCGCGCAAGCGCGCUGGGCAGCCAGGGCCGAGCCUGGGGAACCGGCUCGCCUGGCGCUCCCAGCUAGGACGAGGGUGGGAAGCCGCCCCGGGACUCGGCGUUUAGGCCUCUCAGGAUGGUGGUGGCGAAGUCGGAAGCCCGUAGGGACCCCACUAAAUACUUCCGCGCAGCCAGACUCUGGCCCUCGCUGGUCACCGCCCUGGCGCUGGGAUACUUCGCGUGGGUGACCUUCUGGCCUCAGAGUGUCCCUUAUCAGAGCUUUGGACCCCUGGGUCUCUUCACAAAGUACCUGGUGGACCACUAUCACGGCCUGCUAAGGCAUGGGUAUUGGCUUUCUUGGCUGAUUCAUGUGGGAGAGUCCGUGUAUGCCUUGGUAUUAUGCAAGCAUAAAGGAAUCACAGAUAGCCAGGCCCAGUUCCUGUGGUUCCUACAGACUUUCCUCUUUGGAAUAGCCUCUCUUUCCAUCCUGCUUACUUAUAGACCAAAGCACCAAAAACACAAUUAAAGGAGACAGCAAAAUUGCCUCCCCACUUCUUCAAGUCCUCCUUUCAGUGGGUCCUGGUUUCGGUGAUGACCUUUCUGUUUUCUAGGGAGUGUCUAUCAUAGGAAGCUAAGACCCUCCAGUUACUUUUGUUUUGGGGUGCUCUGACCAACCUUGGAUAGACCAAUUGGAAUUUAAUAAAGUAAAGAAGGUCAAACUAGA